GGAUGAAGGAGAAGGGGGGGACGGGGGGGGUUGGUGCUGCAGAUCCCCUCCCCCCCACUGCUGCACCCACAGCAGGGGGAUGGAGGAGAAGGGGGGGGCGGGGGGGGCUGGGGGGGGAGGGGGGGGAGGGGGAGGGGGGGGGGAGCUGCGCGUGCGACUGCAGGGCACGCGGGCAGGGGAGCUGCAGUCACACGCGCGGGCACUGCGCGUGCGACUGCAGCUCCCCCCCCUCCAUGAUGCGACGGGGCACCGGGGCCGCGACUAG